AUGAGAUGCCUAAGCUUGUCCGAAUCUGCUGAUAGAUUACUCUUGGAUCAGUCUCUAUCAUACACCGCACAACACACUGUUAUCUUCAGUCGUCGCCGUAGAAGGCUCUCCCUCACGCAGAGCAUCGUUGAGAUUGGUGCGACCACGAUUAAACUCAUUAAACCAUUCAGUGGCGAAGAUCACAUUUACACCUCGACGAAAUGGGCGCAGGAUCUAGAAGACAACGCCGAAAUAUUUGGAUGGUCGCCUCAACAACUACUUAUCAUAGCACGUAGAUCUUUAUCAGGAACAGCACAGUUAUGGUUAAAGACGGAGAAGGUUCAUAAAAGUUAUGAAGGACUCAAGGCAGCCGUGCUCAAAGAAUUUCCUGAUGUGAUGAACAACAAAGAGAUGCAUGAGCUCAUGACUGCGCGCAAGAAACAUAAAGACGAGUCAUAUUACCAAUAUAUGCUAAUUAUGAAGGAGAUGGGAAAACGAGCGAGAUUCCCAGAUUACGUUGCCAUUCAGUACAUCAUAGACGGCAUUACAGACCUGGAGAUGAAUAAGGCAAUUUUGUACGGUGCGGUCACCUAUCCGGUGCUGAAAGAAAAGUUGUUGUUGUACGAAAGAAUCAAAGAAAAAUCUGCCAAACAGAAAGCUGAAUUACAUAUUACACGAACUGUAACGGCUUCGGUUAGAGAUUCCAUGUCAAGAACCAACCAGUAUUGUUACAAUUGUGGAGAAAAAGAUCAUCGAGCUAGUGCAUGCCGAAAUGGAAUGAAGUGUUUCAGGUGCAAUGAAUUCGGCCAUAUUAGUUACAAGUGCACCAAUUCUAACACAGGAAGUACCGAAAGUUCGAGUUACACGAAAACGUCGGUAAAACAGCUGCCGAGAGCUGUCAGAUCAGCCAAUCAACGGGUUCAAAUGCAUCCAUUGAUAAAACAGUCCGAUGUAGCACCGAAAAAAGAAUCGGUUAUGUUCGGAGCGACUUCGUCGGAAAAUCAGAGCGAAGCAUGCAGCCAAGAAAUUUGCAAGANAUGUUCGGAGCGACUUCGUCGGAAAAUCAGAGCGAAGCAUGCAGCCAAGAAAUUUGCAAGAUGA